UUUCUGAUGUCGACUCGAUCGCCACGCCCUCUCCUCGGUCGCAUCGGACGCAUGAUUGUGCGGAGCAGCGUGCUUAUUGCUGGCCGUCAGCUGGCACGCAGGGGGUUUGCGAGCUCGGCUCGCUUGUCAAGGGGCGCCAGCACGAAGUUCGAGCAGCGCAUGGCCGAGGCCGCAAAGAAGCCACGGCCUGAGCAAAAGUGGUCGAACCGAACUCUGAUCAUGCUGGCCAGCUGUGUGGGCGCAUCGACGUUUAUGAUUGGCAUCAAUCAAGGCUAUGCGGCUGGCAAGAAGGAGGCGCUCGAAGCGGUUGCGCUCUCAAAAGAUCCUCUUCCUCCUGCGCAGACUGCCGAGUCGCCUUCAACAAGCCAAUGAUGCAAUUGGAAGAAACGCUUCAUUGAUCAUCGCGUGAGCGUGUGGAAGCGUAAAUCAUCACGCGUUACUCGAGCAAAGCAGGCAGAGCGGAUACCUUCUUAUUCAACAGGUCGUCAGCAUGAGGGAUGCCGCGGUCAUGGACAAUGUCUACAGGAUGACGUUGUGAGCGAUCUCGUGC